GGGGAAGAGUCUCAUGUCAUCACAUAAUUAAAUUUGAGGGACACAAAUUACAUAACAAUAUUAGCCUAUAUAUAGGUUAUUAUAAGCAAAAGUGUUCACAAAAAAAUAUUAUAACUAUAUAUCUUGCGAUCUAUCUAGCCAGUCCUUUGAAAUGGGAGCUCCUUUAUCAUCAUGGCCAUGGGAGAACUUUGGGAUAUUCAAGUACGUGUUAUAUGGGCCGUUUGUAGGAAGAGUAGUGUAUGAAAUGUUGUAUGAAGAAGAGAAAGACCUCAAAUUCAGCUGGUGCCUUCAUUUGCUCAUAUUGUCUAGUCUUAGAGGCUUGAUUUAUUUGCUAUGGAAUUGUUACAGCAAUAUGCUUUUUCUUACACGAAACCGUCAGAUUCUUAAACAGGGGGUUGAUUUCAAGCAGCUUGACAAAGAAUGGGACUGGGAUAACUUUUUAAUUCUUCAAACAAUAUUGGCUUCUAUGGCGUAUUAUAUGUUUCCAUUCCUACAAAAUCUUCCAUUAUGGAACAUUAAAGGUCUUAUUGCAGCAUUGAUGUUUCAUGUGGGAAUCUCAGAACCACUUUAUUAUUGGGUGCAUAAGAAGUUUCAUGGACACUAUCUUUUCACCAAUUACCAUUCACUUCACCAUUCAAUUCCAGUACCACAGUCAGUAACGGUGGGAACCGGUACGGUUUUGGAGCACCUGUUUCUGACUGUAGUAAUUGGAAUUCCGAUCCUUGGAGCUUCAUUGAUGGGAUAUGGAUCAACAAGUAUGAUAUAUGGUUACAUUUUCUUUUUUGAUUUUCUCAGAAGUUUGGGUCAUUGCAAUGUUGAAAUUGUUCCACAUCGUCUGUUUCAAACAUUUCCAUUUAUGAGAUAUAUCAUAUAUACCCCAACAUACCACACCCUACACCACACUGAAAAGGACUCUAAUUUUUGCCUUUUCAUGCCUCUCUUUGACGCACUAGGAAAUACACUUAACACCAAAUCAUGGGAAUUACACAAAUCAUUCAGUUCAGGAAAUUGUAGUAGGGUACCAGAAUUUGUUUUCCUGGCACAUAUAGUGGAUAUAACAUCCUCUAUGCAUGCUCAAUUCUGUCUCAGAACCUUUGCUUCUUUACCAUUCAGAACAAGGUUCUUCUUGAUCCCAUUUUUUCCAAUGGCUGUGGUAUCUUUGUUAGCAAUGUGGCUUUGGUCCAAGACAUUUUUAGUUUCUUUUUACUACCUCAGGAGUAGACUACAUCAAACAUGGGUUGUCCCUAGGUGUGGCUUUCAGUAUUUCUUGCCAUUUGCUACUGAGGGUAUCAAUAAGCAUAUUGAGCAAGCUAUUCUCACGGCUGAUAAAAUUGGUGUUAAAGUCAUCAGCUUGGCUGCUUUGAAUAAGAAUGAAUCUCUAAAUGGGGGAGGAAAACUUUUCGUGGACAAACACCCAAACCUAAGAGUUCGAGUUGUUCAUGGCAACACUUUAACUGCAGCUGUGAUCUUGGAUGAAAUUCCUAAAGAUGCCAAAGAAGUUUUCCUUACUGGGGCAACUUCUAAGCUUGGAAGAGCAAUUGCUCUCUACCUCUGCCAAAAGAAAGUCAAAAUUCUGAUGUUAACACUAUCAACGGAUAGAUUUCAGAAGAUUCAAAAGGAAGCACCGGAAGAAUACCAAAGUUAUCUUGUUCAAGUCACAAAAUACCAAGCAGCACAGCAUUGCAAGACAUGGAUUGUUGGCAAGUGGAUCACUCCAAGAGAGCAAAAUUGGGCUCCACGUGGAACUCAUUUCCACCAAUUUGUUGUUCCUCCAAUUUUUGCAUUUAGAAGAGAUUGCACUUAUGGUGAUCUAGCGGCUAUGCGAUUGCCAGAUGAUGUAGAAGGCCUUGGCUGCUGUGAGUACACAAUGGAUAGAGGAGUGGUUCACGCAUGCCAUGCAGGAGGAGUUGUACACAAUCUUGAGGGUUGGACUCAUCACGAAGUUGGAGCUAUCGAUGUCGAUAGGAUCGAUGUUGUGUGGAAAGCAGCACUAAAACAUGGUAUAAGACCUUUGUCUUCGGGUUCCACUGUUAAAGCAAAUUGAAAAACCCGACUCAAAUAUUUGGUGACAGAGUAGUUAAUUAUUUAAGUUGAAUUAAAGGAAUUCUAAUCAGUUAGUAGUGGUCAUUUAAAUGUGGUUACAUUCUUUGAGCUUGCUUUAUCAAUGAUGUUAAAUGUUCACAUCUCUUGUUGGAAA